CAGAUGUUCUUUGCAUUUUUUUCUCUUGUUCAGGGUAUUCAGAUGAUCCAGUUAUUAUAAAAUAAUCGAUUGGGUUUAACCCUAUUUGUGGGGCCAUAUUUAGUAUUAUUUUCAGAACUUGUUGUGGGUCAACAAAAACUGGCCUGCGGGCCGUGGUUUGGACACCCCUGGACUAAGUUUUCUGUUGUCCCUUUUUAUGUGGUCCCAUAAAAAGGCCACCAGAAGCCCUCGUAAAACCCUGUGAAAAUUUUUACCAAACAAGUAAUGAACCUCUCUGGUCGAUAUUCACUCCAAGUUUUGCGAAGUUGGGGGUCUGGUACGAGAAAACAAGAAGAAGCGGGAAAAGAAUAGGCGCAGGAGGAAAACAUGGCUACUGCAGCUAGUUUGUCCCGGGAGCUAAAAGAAAUUGAGAAGAAGAAGACAAGAGCAAUAAGUAAGAGUGACUUUGCUGAAGCAUCAAGGCUCUGUAACAGUGCAGGGGAGCUUUUGUCAACUAAUGGAUUUUAUUCUGAAGCAGUUGAAUGGCAUAAAGAAGAAGUGACUUGCAGUGAAGUAGCCAAUGACAAUAUUGGUGCAGCAGUUGGACAUAGGAAAAUUGGAGAGUGUCUGUGUGAAUUAAGUGACUUUGAAGGAGCUCUAAAACAUCAGAGGAAAUUUCUCAAGAUUUCAGAGUCACUGGAAAACAAAGUUGAAGAGCAGAGGGCUCUUGCAACACUAGGGAGAACCCUAUUCUUGAUGUCUGACAGUUGCAGUACGGACUUGGAGAGAGAAAAAUGCUUAAAAGAGUCUUUAGAUGUUUAUUUGAAGAGUUUUAGCUUGGCUAAUAAAUUGAGAGACAAAGUAUCAACCAAGGAGAUGCUUGAGAUGAGAGCAAGGCUUUGUCUAAACAUUGGUUUGGUAUAUGAAUGGAGAAAUCAAUUGGACCAGGCUGAAGUGUAUAUGGAAAAAGCACUUGUGUCAUCAAGGGAAAAUGGGCUUAAGGACAAUAUGUAUAGAUGCUAUUUGUCAUUAUCUGGAGUGACAGCAAAAAAUCAGAAGUUGCAAGAGUCUCUCAGGCAUGCUAAAAGAGCGCAGCAUAUUGCAAAGGAAAAAGGGAGCAAAACUAUGGAAGCAGAUGCAGUCCUUCAGCUUGGUCAAACAUUUAUAAAAAUUGGAGCGUUUCAAAAUGCAGUCAAUCUAAUUCGACAGUCAUACAAAAUGCAUCCACCCACGCUAGAGAGUGACCGAAAAACGCUGUUGGAAUCACUUAAAAUCGCGGUAACUGGUGAGAAGUGUAUGAAGCAGCUUGAAGGUGACGUAAGCGAUGACGUAAGACUAAAGCUUGUUGAGCAACUGGGGGAUGUCUUCAGUGAAGCGAAGUCUCCAGAGAAAGCUUUAGGAUAUUAUAAACAGCAGCUUGAACUGUGCCACAAGUUAGACAAGGGAGACCGUGUCAUCGCAGCAGUUUACAUAUCACUUGCAAUCACCUAUGCUGAAAAUGGAGAGGUGCAAAAUGCUUUGGAAUAUUAUCAAAAGGAACUGGAUCUCCGAAACUCUGCUGGGCUUAACAACGAUUUCAAAGAGAUAAGUGCAACAUUUUCAGCAAUGGCAAAACUUUUGGAAGACAGCAAGGAAGAACAAGGGAUUGUUAUUCAAGCAUACUCAAAGGCAGUUGAAUGUGCAGAAAAGUCUGGCAGUGCCUCAUGUCUGCUUCGGGUCUAUAAAGAGCUGAGAGAGACCUACCGAAAAUUCGGCAUGGAUGAGGACUACAAAGAAAUCGUGAAGAAGAUUUCAAAGUUACAAAAAGAGUAUGAUGAAGACAUGGAAGAAGAUUCUCAAGACAUAAAGGAAGAAGAGAGUGAAAAUCUGGAGGGACUUCUUGAAUUUUCUGAUUCAUCAGAUGAAGAAACUACCACAAGAAAAAGCAAAAAUAAAAGGCGGACCAAGGCAAGUAAAGUCAACGAAAGAGGUGAAACUCCGUUGCAUUUAGCCUGCAUCAGUGGAAACCUACAGAGAGUUAAAGAGCUUUUGCAAACUGGUUCAAGUGUUCAUAGCAGAGACUUCUGUGGUUGGCAGUCAUUGCACGAAGCUUGCAACUUUGGACACUCGGAAAUUGCAGCCUUGCUUUUGGCCUAUGGUGCAUCUGUCAACGAUACGGGAGGUGAUCAUUGUGCUCAGGUGACACCAUUACACGAUGCUGCCCAGAAUGGUCAUUUGGAGACGGUGAAAUUGCUUGUCAAGCACGGUGCAAACCCGUUUGCCCGUGAUGCCAGGGGUCGCACACCACGAGAUUUAGUAGAGUUGGCAAUCAAAGCCGAUGAGGAGGAGCUGGAAGGUUCUGAAUCCGAACUUCUUCAGAGCAGGCGUGACGUGCGGGAUUUUCUCAGACGGACAAUGAACAAGUCAAGCUCAGAGCCUCAGCUUAGAGACCGAUACAAAAACGUGUUGGAACAGUUUGCUGAAGAGGAUGCGGAGAGUAGUGAUGAUGAAAUGCCGGUUCCUAGAAUUGCAAAGGUUCCCGGUAGGGAUUCCAGGAGAUGGCGUGGAAGAAUCGAUGAUUGUUCAGAAGAUUACCAGGCUUGCACCGAUCACCAGCCACUGUUUGGUCAGCCUGAUGUAGCUAAUGGUAAUCCAUUGGCGGAGCGCGAAGCGCAGAGCACGCAAAGUCGUAGUUUUGAAAAGGCCAGUUCGAAUAUUGACGAUGCAGUUAGUGAUAAUGGCGGAACGGAUGAAGACAGCACAUAUGCAUCCAUGGACGAGGAUGGACCUGUCAUGCAUUCACCAAUCAAACCACUUGAGCCGAUGGGAAAUGUUGCUGCUGCUCGACAACAAUCCUCUGCUGAUGUAUUCGAUGUGCAAAGUCGUGUUGAUGUUGUUCAGGUCGACACUAACGAUCUAGUCGCAGGUCCGUCCCAUCGUCAAAGCAUAAGUGACUACCCUUCAAGCAGUGAGCACAUCACUCCAUUUACAUCAGAAUCUGAUUCAGAUAAAGAAGAAUUGAUUGAUGGGUUUAUUAUUGAUGAUGUUGGUCAAAAACAAGCCAGGAAGAAACGAAGAAUCGAUGGUUUUCCCCGUAAGAAAUCAACACAACAGAAAAUAACCAUCCCCGGAAGCUCCUCUGUCUCUUCUAGUUAUAGGCCAACCAGUAACAGUACUAACACAGGGCCAAGACUACAGUCAAUAGCAUCGAAGCCCAAACGUAAAAAACAGACCAGAAUAACUGGUACCUAUGCAACUUCGUCCCAUCGUCAGUCCAACCAGCCUAGCCAAAGCGCUGUAAGAAACAGCUUUACAGUUAACAAUGGUGCGUGUUCAUCAGGGACAAUAUCCCAUUUCCCUGAUGAAGCUAGCAAUACUUUUGAUCUUCUUGAUUUGCGCCAGGUCAACCAGCCUAUGAUGGCACCAAGUCUUCGUGUCAGAGUUAGGAUCGACAAGGAACAACUUUUAAUUCCCUGUGUUGAAGAUGGAGAAAGAAAGACUAUUAAAUGGCUUUCUGACCAGGCAAGCCAGCGUUACUCCUCAACACACGGAGUUACCCCAAGACUGAAGCUGAAAACCACAGAUGGCGCCUGUCUGUGUGAAACUGAUUUGGUUACUGAUGUAUUGGGAAACAAUGAAGAGGUGAUCGGUGAGGUCCUUGGCUGGAAUUCAGGGUCUCUCUGUGAAAAAUACCAAACUGAAUGUACUGCAUUGGGUAUUGGUAUACGUGACGACAUCCUUAAAGCAAUGUCCCUCGAAAAUGAACUCAAUCAAUUGUCACUCCAAGAUUUCAACUUGGAUAAUCCCCAUCUGAAAGCUCUCAGCAGAUCGAUAGCUGGCCAUUCGAACCUUAGCAAGAUUGACGUAACUGGAAAUUUCGUAGGUGAUGAAGGAAUCAAAUUUCUGUGUGAUUCAAUAAAUUACCUACCAAAUCUAAAAGCCUUGAAUCUUUCUUGCACGGGAACAACUUCAAACAGCCUUCAAAUAGUUGUCAGUGCAUUACGUCGUAGGUCAAAAUAUUUUUCUGGGCUUCAAGACCACCAGGAAAAGGGACACCCACUUGAAGAAAUAGAGUUCAGUUUCAACAAUUUGGACUGCUCAACGAUAGUAGUUGAAUCAUUAAUCAAGUUAAUGAAUUCCUGCUCAAGACUGUCCAAGCUGGUUUUGGAUCACUGCUCACUUCCUACUAGUUUAUUCUCUGAUUUGAGACUUUGUUCCACUCUGAAAGGUUGUCAAAAUCUCACAAGUUUAUCGUUGUCUGGCAACAGACUUGCAAUACGGAAUUUGUUCCUUGCGCUGCCUUUCAGCAUCAUCAAUCUCAAUCUGUCUGGAUGCUUUCCCAAGGAAGGCAACCUUGAACAACUGCUUGAAUCAUUUGGGAACCUAGAAAAUCUGACAUCUCUGAAACAACUGGAUUUGUCAAGCAAUGAAUGUCUUGACUCAAAUAUGGCUGAAGCACUCAUGAAAAUCUUGGUAAGGACAAAAACAUUAACUAUUCUGAAAAUGACAUCAUGCAAUAUCACUGACAUAUCUGAGGAAUUCACCAGAUGCUCAAUUCUUUGUGCAUGCUUAUCAUACAUUGACAUUAGUUUUAACAAAAUCCUUGUAAACGAUAAACAAAAACUUGUAAACCAUUGGCAACAGCACUAUGGAACUGUUUCAUUUUGUAUCAACGGUAGUAAAUGCAGAAUUUCAAAUGAUACUGUGUAUAAUUUUUAGAUUAUUUAGGAGCUCUUUGGUGCCCUACAGUUUCCCCUUGUUUUACGCUUCUUUGCUCUUUCAAACUUUCUAUUUGCAUUCAGAUAGUCUAGUAUACUUGUUUUUUGGAUAAUUAGGGACUUCCAUACUUGAAAUGAAACCGUUUCUUCGUUGUUAGUUUUGACAGCUAUAUUCAUCUGUUUAUGUUAUUGCUUCUGUAAAAUUCAUAAAAUGUACCCUGUUGUAUUCAAUAUUUUUCUAUUCCACUCACAUACAAUAAAUCCUCGAAUUGGCCCCGCUCAAAAAAGCCCCCACCCUAGAACUACAAAUUGUCAAUAAGCCCCCCUCAAAUAAGCCCCCACUGCUAUUGUAAAUUCUUGAAUUGACCCCUCCAUUUGAUGAUUUUUUGCCAUCUGAGGUUGCCUAUGCCGUUUUAUUGAAUUACCACAACAAAU